AUGCUGACGUCAGGUACCUUGACGGAUAAAAUAGGUGCGAUGUCGUCUCUUGUGCAAAAUGACCCGGUGCAUAAUAUUGAUAUUGUCGAUGAUUUGUUUGCCAUGGCGAACAAGAAGGGAAAACGUGAAGCUCAGUUGGCAAUCCAGUCUCUCCGCGAGUUGUUCAUCCUGUUUUUGCUCCCCGACCGUCCUCUGCGCUUCAUUUCUCAGCAACCCUUGGAAAACGAAGAAGUUAACGACCACAUUUUAGUUUUGUUCUACUACGAGCAUCUCCUCAAGCAGAAAUAUGUGCAGUUCAUCGAGAUUCUCAAGAAAUACAGUUUCGAUAUGCAGCAAUUCUUCAAGAAGAUCGCAGAUACCUCCAUUUACAUCUGCCUCGUCUCAAAACCCGAACAAGAAUCCGCACUACUCUCCAUGCUCGUCGAGAAACUCGGCGAUCCUGACGUUACCGUGAGUUCCCACGCCGUGUAUUUGCUGCUGAAGCUGGUUCGCGAGCACCCUGCCAUGCGUGAUGUUGUGUCCAAAGAAGUCCGGCAGUUGUUGUCACGCUCUGAAAUGCCGAUCCGAGGCAUCUACUAUGGCGUGUCGUUCCUGAAUCAGAUCGAGUUUACUUCGAAGGACAGCAAUCUGGCGGGGUCGUUGAUCAUGUUUUACUUCUCGCUAUUUAAGAAGUACACGGUGCUGACGCUGGACGAAUUGAAGGCCAAAGACAAGAAGAAAGGGAAGAACGCAAAGAAGGGAAAGAAAGGAAAGAAGGGAAAGAAGGGAGCGGAGAGCGAAAAGCUCGAAGGCACCAUGGAAACUCGCUUGAAGCUCAUCUCCGCGCUGCUCACUGGCAUCAACCGCGCGCUUCCCUUCGGUCAAGUGAAGGAAGACGUUCUGAACGAUCAGAUCGACUCGCUCUAUCGAAUCGUUCAUUGCAACAACUGGACCUGCUCGGUGCAGGCGCUUCUCUUGCUCUUCACGAUCGUGUCGGCACAUCGGGAGUUCGCACCGCGGUUCUAUCGCGUUUUGUACGCGUCGCUGCUGGCCCCGGAGUUCCGUCGCAGUUCGAAGAAUAAUUUGUAUUUGAAUCUGCUGUAUCGCGUGUUGAAGACGUGCAAGAAUCGGCGGAUUGUGAUGGCGUUGCUGAAGCGAGUGCUGCAGUGCGCGCUGAUGAUGCCUGCGAAUAUGGCGUGCGGAUUGCUGUAUAUGGUGUCGACGGUGCUGAGCGAGCGGAAGGAACUGAAGGUGAACGCGGAGCUGAAGAAGCUGAUGGAAGAGCACGCGUUGGAUCUGGGUAUGGAAGAAGAGAAGGAAAAGGGAGAAGUGGAGAACGAGAAGGAGAAGGAAAAGGAAAAGGAAGAGAAGGAGAGCGAGAAGGAAGAGAAGAAGAGCGAGAAAGUGGAAGAAGAAGAAGAAGAAGAAGAAAGUAGCGAGAAAGAGGAAGAAAGUGAGAAGGAGGAUAAUGAUGAUGAUGAUGAUGAUGAUGAUGAAAGUGAAGAAGAACAAAAGGAAGAAAGCAAGGCGAUGGAGGAAGAAGAAGGCGAGGAUGAAGUGGCCGAUUUGGAUGAAGCGUUCUUCCAAGACUCGGACGAACAAUCAGCAAACGAAAACGAAAACGAAAACGAAAAGGAAUCUGAUGAAGAAGAAAAGAAAGAGAGUUCCGAUGAUGAAAGCGAUGCUGAAAAGCCCCAUCAACCAAACCAACCCAAAUCCGCCUCCGCUUCUUCCUCGCUUCCCCCCGUUGUCUACGACAUCCACGCUCGCGAUCCCAUCUUCUCGAACGCCGAUCGCACCUUCCUCUUCGAGCUCUCUCUGCUCGCUCACCACUACCAUCCCACUGUGGCUCACUUCGCCAAUCAGCUCCUCGAAGGGUCGCGCGUUUCCUGCUCCGGAGACCCGCUCAUCGACUUCUCCAACAAGGCCUUCCUCGACAAGUUUGCCUACAAACAUCCCAAGCAGAAGGACCUGGACAAUGCUCGCGAUCGCGGCAGCGAAGCCAUGCAAUCGCACAAGAAGGCGAAGAGUCUCACGCAGCCGCCUGUGAACUCCGAGGCGUUUUUGAACCAGAAGGAAGAAGACGUGGCGAUCGAAGACCAGUUCUUUUACAAGUUCUUCAAGGAGCGCGCCAAGCGGACGGGAGACAAGAAGAAGAAGUCGAAGAAGGACGCGGAGGGAAUGUCGGAGGAGGAGGAAGAGGAAAUCGACGCGUUCGCGAAUCAGCUGGCGACGGAUUUGAUUAAUGAACAUAUGGGCGAUGAAGCGGACGACUUUUUGAAUGAGUUUGAAGAAGAAGAGAAUGGACGAUUCUUGGAGGAAGGUAGGAAUGAUGGAGUGGGUUGA